CGGUUAUUAUUUAACAUUUCAAUUCAGACUAAAGGAAAUGACUGAAUUAAAUAGUAGACUUCACUAGACUUGUAAUUUUAACAGUAAUAAUAUUAUUAACCAUUCAAUAUUAAAUUUUCAAUUGUUUUCCAUUUCACUGGUUAGUGCUCAAAGAUUUUAACAUGGAGAAUAUAGACAACAUAAUAAUGAAACAGAUUGACAAUAAAAUUGAAUCUCUUGAAGCAGAACCAUUUUGUUACAUCUGGCAGAUGAAAAGAUUGAAAUCGCUACAAAAUUGGACCAUGGCUAAACCUAGUGCCAAGGAAAUGGCCGAAGCAGGUUUCUAUUGCCCAAACCCGGAUAUACCUGAUACAGUAAGAUGUUUUUCGUGUUUCAUUGAAUUGGAUGGUUGGGAGCCAACAGACAAGCCUUGGGAAGAACACAAAAAACGAGCCUUAUCGUUAAACCCACCAUGUAAAUUUAUUGAAAUAAGUAAGAAAGAAUCUGAUUUUAUAGUAGAUGAUUUCUUAGAAAUUCAAAAGAGUGUAAUUCUACGCAUUUUCAAUGAAAAAUGUGAAAAAUUCAUUAAAACAUCACUAUCUCUUCACAAAAAGAAAAAAUCAGCGCUUAAAAAAGACCUCCAAAAAAAGGGAAUGUCAUAGAAAUAUAUAUUUAUAUAAUAUGUUUGACAUAAAAUUCACCUUGCUAGGCGCAGUUUAAUUAAUUGUAAAUUUGUUAUUACAUAUGUUAAACAAGUACUGACUUGUCUAAUUAUUAUAGUAUUAUAUAUAUAUUACAAUGUAUGCUUGUAAUUUGAUUUUAUCAAAUUAAAUGGAAUUUUAUUACCAAUAAUUUUUCUAAAUUAACGCCUGUAAAUUAGACAUUAAAUAUUUUAA